AUGGAACCCACCUGUCAUUCAACUAUAUCGGUGGGUGAGACUGACACGGUGACACCACUUAACCCUCCUCUCCACAAGGAAACGCCAAGGCCAAGUCUGAGCGAGCGAGACCCCCAAAAGGCCAAAACCCUUGUCAGCUCUGCCAGCGGAGGGCGAUUGCCUCCUCCGAUGCCCCCGUCGACGCCCAAGCGGCGGCGCCCGCUCGGCGGCGCCGCCGCCGCCUCACCGCGCACCCGGAAGAAGCAGAAGCGCCUCGACGCCAUCUGCGACGUCGCGCCGCCGCCUCCCCCCACGCGGUUGCGCCGCCCGCCGGCCACGCUCGACACCUCGCCGGCCGCCUCGCCCCGCCGCAAGAGGCCCCGCCGCGGCGGGUCCAGCGGGGGCUCGCGGAAGGGGGGUAGGGCACGCGGCGAGGCGGCUGCCCGAUUAGUGGAGGAGGAGGAGGGGGAGGAUGAGGAGGACGGCGGGGGAAAUGCGGCGUGGCGCUCGCGGCUGCGGGAUAGGGCUAAGGGGAAGGCCGGAGCGAGGAGGCGAGCGAGGUCCUUGUGGUUGGAAGACCAAGAUGGGGAGGAAGAUGGGGCGAGGACGGUGGCGGUAGGCGUUCGGGAGGGCACUAAGGAAGAGAAGGGAGGGGGUUUGCCAUCCCGAGGGAGGGGAGUCAGAGAGGGCGAGAUCAGUUUAACCAUUGAUUUGAAUGUAGGAACGCCCGAGGGUGUCACUGUAGUGGAAGAAGAAGUAGGGGAGGAAGACGAUGGUGAUGAGGAUCUGGAGGACGAGGAAGAAGAAGCAACUGGUGCUAGAACUGAUCUAGCCCAAGGCAACGUGGAAGAAGUCGGGGAGGAGGACAGUUUGCCAAGGGCACCUGUACAACUAGGAGGAGAAAAUGAUGAUGAGUUGGCUUGUGAUGAGAAUGCCAAUAAGGCCGAGUCUGGCGAUUCGGGGGGAAAUGAGCAGCUCGGUGUGCACCAUGGGCAGAUUGCGGAGGUGAGCAGCAUUCCUGAUGACCAGCAAAUGGAAAUUGACGGUCCUGGUCCGGGUGAGCAAGUGGAAGAGGAGGUCCAGCAGGAUGAGCAGAUGGAUGAUGCCCCAAAUAUAGUGCUGUCUGGGGAGGCUCUGAAUGAGAGAGCGGGGAAAUCUCUAGUUUCAGAUGAAAAUCGAGGAGGUCUGGAAAUUAAAGAAGGGAGGAGGUGCGGGCUAUGUGGAGGAGGGACUGAUGGGAGGCCACCUAGGAUCGCACUGCAUGAUACUGCCGACAGCGAGAAUGAAGCCUACGAGGGUGCUUUGCCUUCAGAGGACCCAAACUAUGAUGUAUGUGAUGGAUUCAGUGAAGAUCCUGGAUGGCUUGGACGGUUACUGGGUCCAAUACAUGAUCGAUUUGGGAUUGCCCGUGUCUGGGUUCAUCAGAAUUGUGCGGUUUGGAGUCCUGAGGUUUACUUUGCUGGUUUGGGGUGCCUAAAAAAUGUAAGAGCUGCACUUUGCCGUGGAAGGCUUUUGAAGUGCAGUCGAUGUGGCAGACCUGGAGCAACUAUUGGGUGUCGUGUUGACCGCUGUCCGAAAACCUACCAUUUGCCUUGUAGUCGAACAGAAUCCUGCAUAUUUGAUCACCGGAAGUUUCUUAUAACUUGCAAUGACCAUCGGCAUCUCUUCCAACCCCAAGGAGAUAAAUAUGCUGAACUACUCAGGAAGAUGAAGAUAAAAAAGAUGAAGGCUGAUCUCAGAAAGUUGUCACAUGAUGCGUGGAGAAAGGAUAUAGAGGCUGAAGAGAAAUGGUUAGAGAACUGCGGGGAAGAUGAAGAGUUCUUGAAACGUGAAGGGAAGAGGCUAAACAGGGAUCUUUUGAGGAUUGCACCUGUUUACAUAGGAGGUUCUUCUGAUAAUGAGAAGUCGUACCGUGGUUGGGAAUCUGUUGCUGGUCUUAGUGAUGUUAUUCAGAGCAUGAAGGAAGUGGUGAUACUGCCUCUUCUCUAUCCUGAGUUCUUUAGCUCUUUAGGUCUCACACCACCACGAGGCGUUCUCCUGCAUGGUCACCCUGGUACUGGUAAAACACUUGUUGUACGUGCACUAAUAGGGGCAUGUUCUCAGGGUAACAGAAGGAUUGCUUAUUUUGCUCGAAAAGGAGCUGAUUGUUUGGGCAAGUAUGUUGGUGAUGCUGAGAGGCAGUUAAGACUUCUAUUCCAGGUAGCUGAAAAAUGCCAACCCUCUAUCAUAUUUUUUGAUGAGAUGGAUGGUUUAGCACCUUGUAGAUCCAGGCAACAAGACCAGACACACAACUCAGUUGUCGCGACUUUGCUCUCAUUGCUUGAUGGUUUGAAAUCACGAGGCUCUGUUAUAGUAAUCGGGGCUACGAAUCGUCCUGAUGCUAUCGACCCUGCUCUUAGGAGACCAGGAAGGUUUGAUCGUGAGAUAUACUUCCCGCUCCCGACCCUUGAGGCUAGGUCUGCUAUUCUUUCGUUGCACACAAAAAAAUGGCCAAGUCCUAUUUCAGGCGCAUUCCUCUCAGCUGUUGCAAGCCAAACUGUUGGAUAUGCGGGUGCUGACUUGCAGGCAAUUUGCACCCAAGCUGCAUUAAAUGCUCUGAAAAGAACUUGCCCGUUGCAGGAUAUUUUACGCUUUGCCGAGAAAGGAACUGAACAUGGGCGACUUCCUCUACCAUCAAUUGAUGUGGAGGAAAGGGAUUGGUUGUCUGCUCUUGCAGCUGCUCCCCCACCCUGUUCACAAAGGGAAGCAGGGAUUGCUGCAAAUGAUCUAGUUUCCGCUCCGAUUGAUUCCUAUCUUUUACCAUGCCUUUUUAAACCAUUACUUCACCUCCUUAUUUCCCUCAAUUUGGAUGAACGAAUCUGGUUACCUUCAUCUCUUCUGAAGGCAUCUUCCUUUAUAAAGGAAGUUGUGUUUUCCUCUAUGGAAAAGGACAAUGUACCGCACACUUCCUGGUCAUCCUAUCUUCCCUCUUUGAUACAGCGGAAGGAUGUUGCAAAUAAGAUUGAAUCAAUCCUGUCAAGCUAUGGUCUUACAGCGUCUCAAUUAGGAAAUCAUGGUUCAAUGUUGUUAAGUCAGAACAAAGAACACGAGAAGUUUGAUGACCGCAGGUUGAUUUCCACUGGUUCUUCAAACAAAGGAGGGUUAGCAUAUAAAUUAUCAGGUUUUCGAGCAUUAGUUGCUGGAGAACCCAGAUCAGGCCAGCGGCAUCUAGUCCGUUGCCUUCUUCAUGGUUUCAUGGGUCAGAUUGUAAUACACAAGCUUGAUCUUGCAACUAUGGCACAAGAGGGAAAUGGUGACAUCCUUAAUGGAUUGACACAAAUUCUUUUGAAAGGCCUAAACGUUGGAAGGUGUUUAAUCUACAUGCCUAGAAUUGAUUUAUGGGCAGUCGACAAGGUCCAUGAACAAGAAACAGAAGACCAUGGGCUCACCGCGGGGACAAGCAAGCUGUCCUCCUCGCCAAUCGGAAGCAUGACAAAAUGUUCAGAAGUUUGGAAUACAUUGGUUGAUCAGAUGGAUUCAUUGUUAGCUUCUGUAUCCAUAAGUGUUCUGGCCACUAGUGAGCUAAAGUUUCAAGAUCUUCCAUGUGGAGUAAAGCGCUUCUUCAGCACACAUGUUGUGGAUCAAUGUCUUAGUUCUUCAGAACACACCAUACCAAGGUUCUCUGUGAACGUUGACAGCUAUAUUAGCUGUGACGAUGUGCUCGAUUCAUGUGCUUUGCGGUUAUCACAUGACUUAAUUCAGCAUCAUGUUCAGUUGUUACAUGACAGAGCUCAUAACAAUUACGGUGAGCAGAAAGAAGUCUCUACUCCCAUGGAAAUUAGUGCACCAGGUGAAUGUACAUCUGGUGAGAACAAGGAAUCAGUCAUAUUAGCAAAAUCUUCUAUGGACGUUGACAAACAACCCUCAUGUCCUACUAAGCUAGCUACAUGCAGUGCUCAGCUACAGCCACCAGGAUCUGAUGUGAAAGAUAAAGAGGAAAAUCCCAAGAAACUUGAUUUUCAUGAGAGUGUCUCAAGAAAUCCUUCUAAUAGAAAUGUGAAGGGCAACCAAUCAAUGGCUAUUAUUGCCUUUGGAGUUCAGAUACUGCAGCAUCCUCAGUUCUCCAAACUCUGCUGGGUUACCUCAAAACUGCGGGAAGGUCCCUGCACUGAUAUAAAUGGACCAUGGAAAGGCUGGCCAUUUCAUUCCUGUUUAUUGCAUAGCAGUAGCUCACAUGAUAAAUCAUUAUCUGAAGAAAACACUGUUCUUAAGAGCAAGGAAAAGGCUCUUUUUGUGAGAGGACUGGUUGCUGUUGGUUUAUUAGCAUAUAGAGAGGUUUAUGCAUCUGUCAUGGAAGUCUGUGCUGAUGUGAGGAAGGUCUUGGAACUGCUAGUUGGACAGAUCCGAACUAAAAUUUUGGAAAGAAAAAGUCGAUAUCGGUACUUUCAUAUCCUAUCUCAAGUAGCAUAUCUGGAUGACAUCGUGAACAGCUGGGCAUACACCUUCCAAAGAUUACAUCCUGACAAUAAUAUAAGAGCAUUAGGUACAAAGAAAACAAGUCUAGAAAAGUCCUGCACAAGAGAGUGUGAAAGUACUAGCCAUACUACAAAAAGCAAUGUACAGGCUGCUCCUGGUGGCUGCUCUCCUGAGGUGCAAGACAAUUCAGCCCAGCAGUCACAUGACCAUCCAGUUGGCCUAGCUACCUGUCCUAGUGAGAUGCAAGACUGCCCAGUCCAACAAGGUCCAGACCAACCGGAAAUCCGUAGUGUGGUGUGCAACCUUGAUAGUGAUCAUUUGACAUCUAUAUCCAGGAUGGAUGUAGUGGAACAUGACCCUGUCCAUCAGGCUUUGCAUGACGUGCACAAGGGUCCCCUUACACCUGUAGAUACAGUAAUAAAUGAUGGAGGAUCUGGUGGAGUAAACAAUGGUGAAGAAAAGUGCAAACCAGAUAUUCAAAGAUCUGAAAGCCUCUCUGAAUCAGUCGAAGAGUUCAACAAUAUGCAAAGGGCAGAAAAUUUCGUUGUCUCCUCAACUACCAUUGACAAUGUAGAAAUAUCCAAGAAUAUGGCGUCUUCUGAAGCUCAUGGCAAUGGCAAUGAGUUGAACACCAGCUUUCCUCUAAAUGAUGCUGAACCAGAUCAUUUAAUUAAUGGUCAACCACAAGAUAGCAUAAAGAAGCUCCCUGUUCCAAAAUCUUCGUGUCUCUACAAAUGCUGCUCUGCAUGCAUCCAUGCCGUUUAUAAGGUGUCCCAUGAUAUUCUUUCAAAUGCAGUGCGGCCUAACAUUGAUUGCUUAGCCGUCGAUGAUAUGCAUGACAUUCUUUCAUCAUGCUCAUCGAAUCUACUAGCAACAGUUAGAAAAUGCUACAGCUCUCAAGAUCUAGUUGGCUGUGAAGAAACAACUGGAAAAAAGCAUUAUGUAGAAAUCAGCUCAGAGCAUUGUGUUUGUCAGAAUGAUGCUAGUUUUGUUUCAAGGGAUUGUGCAUGCCACCUGGAAAGCAGCGGAGAGGCUGAAACCAGUAAUAAGGAGAGCCAUUCUCUAUGUGGGCGAUCGUUAAUUUUUUUCUUUAAGGAUGGUGUAUUGAUGCCACAAGAUCUCACUGCAGGAACUACACUUGAUUGCAACUUCAAAAGAUUAUGUUUUUGCUCAAUACCAGGAACAAUUUCUAUGCUCGUUCGUAUCCCCAGUUGAUGUGAUCAUGCAAACGUAUAGAAAUACAGUGUGUUAUCCAAUGCUAAAGAUGCCACAGUUCAUAGUUUUGUUCACCAUAAGAAUGGCAAGUCUUCUGUUUUCUCAUUCUUGACGCAACUUUCAAGCUUGCCUUCUGCAAAGAAAUCCCCUUUAUCGGUUAUUGUUGGCAGUGAAAUGCUGGCUUGUGUAGUCGCUGUGAGACAUGAAUUGGUUGGAGAAAACUGAAGCGGUUGAUCUUUUGUCUGUUAAUUAAGUGGUUCUGUUGUAGACAAGGACUGUUGUUACCGAUGCUGGAAUCUGUAGAACUAGAUGAAUGCUAUGCCUUCUUGAUUCUCAUUGUAUUAUGUUUUAUAACUCAAUUCCAUCAAGUUGAAACAAGGCUGACAAAUACUAACAGGCUCAGGUGUUACCUUCAGGCUGGUUACUGGUAUGCUUUCUAAUGAGCAACUCUCAUUCAGCAUGAUCA